CGCGCUCGCUCCGAACCCUCUUCCCGGGAGGAGGAGCGAGCCAGCCGGGGCUGGGGCAGGCAGACCGUGCUCGGCCGGAGUGGAAGGGCUGCUGCUGGUGCGGCGGCGACGGUGCUGGGCGGGGCCGAGCUCCGGAGCUGUCGGCUCGGCUGUGGAGGGGCCUGUGAACCGCUGCGGAGCUGUAGAGCGCCGGGGCUGGACUGGGCCGGCCGAGAGAGUCCGCGCGCGCCCGCUCUGAGCUGCCCGCUCCGGCGGCCGCGCUGCUCACCAGCAUGACGGAGCUGAGGCAGAGGGUGGCCCGCGAGCCGGACUCAGUUCCCGAGGACAAGGAGUCGGAGUCAGAAGCAAAGGUCGAUGGAGAGACUGCAUCGGACAGUGAGAGCCGAGCGGAACUUGCUCCUCCUCCCGCUCCGGCAGAUGACACCCCGGAAGUUCUCAAUAGGGCCCUUUCCAAUCUGUCUUCCAGGUGGAAGAACUGGUGGGUGAGAGGCAUCCUGACUUUGGCCAUGAUUGCAUUCUUCUUCAUCAUCAUCUACCUGGGACCAAUGGUUUUAAUGAUGAUUGUAAUGUGUGUUCAGAUUAAGUGUUUCCAUGAGAUAAUCACUAUUGGCUACAACGUCUACCACUCCUAUGACCUGCCCUGGUUCAGGACCCUCAGUUGGUACUUUCUCCUGUGUGUCAACUACUUCUUCUAUGGCGAGACGGUGACAGAUUACUUCUUCACGCUGGUCCAGCGAGAAGAACCUUUGCGGAUCCUCAGUAAAUACCACCGCUUCAUCUCCUUUACUCUCUACCUGACAGGUUUCUGCAUGUUUGUGCUGAGCCUGGUCAAGAAGCAUUAUCGGCUGCAGUUCUACAUGUUUGGCUGGACACAUGUUACAUUGCUGAUUGUUGUAACCCAGUCACAUCUCGUUAUCCACAACCUGUUUGAAGGAAUGAUCUGGUUCAUUGUCCCCAUUUCUUGUGUGAUCUGUAAUGACAUCAUGGCCUACAUGUUUGGCUUUUUCUUUGGCCGGACCCCACUCAUCAAGCUCUCCCCAAAGAAGACCUGGGAAGGCUUCAUCGGGGGCUUCUUUGCUACUGUGGUGUUUGGCCUUCUGCUGUCCUACGUGAUGUCUGGGUACAGAUGUUUCGUCUGCCCUGUGGAGUACAACAAUGAUACCAACAGCUUCACGGUGGACUGUGAGCCCUCGGACCUGUUCCGGCUGCAAGAGUACAACAUUCCUGGGGUGGUCCAGUCUGUCACUGGCUGGAAAACUGUCCGGAUGUACCCAUUCCAGAUUCACAGCAUUGCCCUCUCCACCUUUGCCUCCCUCAUCGGCCCCUUUGGAGGGUUCUUCGCAAGUGGAUUCAAACGAGCCUUUAAAAUCAAAGACUUUGCCAACACCAUUCCUGGCCAUGGAGGCAUCAUGGAUCGCUUUGACUGCCAGUAUCUGAUGGCCACCUUUGUCAAUGUGUACAUCGCCAGCUUCAUCAGGGGACCCAACCCAAGCAAAUUGAUCCAGCAGUUCCUGACCCUGCGACCAGAUCAGCAGCUCCACAUCUUCAACACACUGAAGUCCCACCUGACCGACAAGGGGCUUCUCACAGCUGCCACGGAGGACGAGUAGGGGCCACCCAGGGCAGAAGAGCAGGUGCAGGACUGAGUGAGGGGCAGGUCUCCAAGGCAAGCCCAGCUGGUGUGACUUAGACAAUGACAGGGCUUCGACUCACUGUCUUUUCUCUUUUUUUUCCCCCUGUAGAGUGUUUUUUAUUUGUGGGUUUAAAAAUCUGUAUAUACAGUCUCUGUGUUUUUGAUUUGGGUUGUGAGUAGAUUAUAGCUUUGAGUUGGGAAGAAGUCACAGGAGGAAAACCAUUUAGGUUUAAAAAAAAAAUGUUUAACAACCAGGAAGACAGUGUUGUGUGGCUCAGGGUGUCUGUGUGGUGGUCCCAUCAGCUGAACAGCUUGUAGACUCAUUCAGAGAAUGGACGUUCUUCUGUGUCCUGCAGCUCAGGGGCCUCUCCCAGGUGCUGGGGUGCACGUCCUGAUGUCUGUGCUCCUGGAGAGCUUCCAUCUGGGCUUCUCUAGCAACCCCGCAGUGGAGCAGUAAGAAGGUCGUCUUCUGUAGCCCUGCCCUGCGGGAGGGAGGUUUAGCCAUCAGAUAAGCAUUCUGUCCAUGCUGAUAGCCUGCAGGGUGUGAGUCAGCUCUGCUUUACAAGUAAGUAAUGCUUUCACCUUCAUCACAGAUUGAAAGGAGGUUUCAGUUUUUACUUUUUUCAGAAAGCACGAGAAAUUAUUUAUAAUAAUCUGGAGAGAAAUCCACACUGUAGUAGUUCAAGUGUAUGCAAUAGAACGCCCGCAGAGCCUGCUCCCGUGUUGGGUGGGAUCAGGUGUCUCCUGUAGGGCGGGCCAGCUCACUGUGUCUUCUGGGCUGGCACUCUUCAUGUUGUGCUGUAGACUUGCUGCUGCUGAAUCCCUUCUGGGGUCUCCCUGUCUGCGCACCCUCGGCCAGGACACCGUGUAGCUGCUGUGUUGUGUAUAUAUGGUUCUUACAGCCAGAGUGUGUCUGUGUGUUUUAAAGAAGUCUCGUGUGCCAUGCAUUCUUCACUGAAACCACAAAGUCCUGCUUAAAACUAUGGAGACCCUAAGCUGAUGAGAGGCUUGACCGCUGUGCAGGUUAAAUGUACACUUUUUAUAUAAUGUGACCAGUUUAAAUACAGUGUGUAUUUUCCUGGGGGACCUUUUGUUCAAACUGUGAUUUAUUUUUCCCCCUCCCUAUUGGUAAGGGGUGAGAAUUGACUUUGGGAAGACAGAUGAGUUCUCUGUCAGGCCAACACACAGCAGAGUGUGGGAAUGGGAAACUUGGUGGCCAGAUGUGUUAAAUUACCUGGUGCCAUGGAUCACCUUGCUUUAGCCCCUGGGUCUAGUGUGUGGUUAAGUUCCCCCUUCCUACCUCCCCAGAAGGCUCGGCCAGCCCUGAUUGCCCAAACGUCCAGUGGAAACCGAACCCUUACAAGUUUUCAGCUCACAUCGCUGCCUGACCCUCCUCAUGCAUGUGGAGUUGAAGCAGCUUCUUUCCCUUAAACUUUGACUUCCAUUUCAGCCUCAUGGCCUUUUUAAAAAAUUUCAGGUCCAAGAUCCCCUUCAUAACAAAACUGCAAAGGGUUCGGUCCUGGCUGUGACCCCAGGCAGGGCGCGUGCUCUCAGGGCCUUCGUUUCCUGAGCUGUCCUCCAGCUCUGCUCUCUGCAUCCGAAGGGCUCCUGUGGGUAUUGAGUCACGUCCUGGGGCACCCCGAGGAAGUGCCUUCAGGCCUCUUCUAGCUGCGCAUCCUCUUGAGUCGGGGUUGCAGCAACGGGUCUUACACAGAGGAGAGUUCAGGAAUGUAAUAGCAGUUCUCUGAAGAGUGAACCUGCAUCAUCAGAUCCUCGUUUGUCUUGUGUUCCAUUGUGGGUGUCUGGUGGGACCUGAGAACAAGGAGACUUAGCUGGGGCUAAGUGAGAGAGAGGUGAGACCUCUCUGUGAUAGGGCUGCCUUUAGGACAGGUGAGGCUCGCGCUGCUUGUGGCACUGGUUGCUCACAGGGGAUCUAGGCCUGAGAGGGUUUAUUUUCUAGGGAUUUCCCAGUCAAGGAGCUGGGAGGCAGCGCCACCUUGUGUCUCUUUAGCACAAUGUUCCUUUCCUCUGUUUUACCAUCCACCCAUGUGGGUCCUAAUGAAUGGUAUACCUUGUUUUACAAAAAUCCAUUUUUUUGGUCAGAAAUAAAAUGUGAAUGAAAUGCUGUAUAUUCCCUUUCCUUGAAUCCGGUGUUUGUUGACCCCACGCAUGGUUUUGUUUCGCACUUGUUCAUGUGUUCAUCAGUAUUGGUUGUAUAGUCCCGAUUUAGAAGGUUUUGUUUUGUUUUUUUUCCAACUCGUGUGCCAUACAUUCUCACUGCAGCCUUCUGAGAGUCCUCAGGUGAGAGUCAGAGCUGCCCCAGGGCCUCCCGGCAGAGUCGGGACUCACUCUGUCUCGCGCUGCACCUGUGGCACGUGGACUGCAGGGGCCUCAGCUCCCCGCUUCUGUGGCCGUGGCGCCAAUGCACUGGAAAUGUUGCAGCGCUCCUCCCUCAAGCUCAGGAGGCCUCACUUGAGCCAGAGGUGCAUCAGUUGCUGUUAGCACACAGGUGAAGUCAGGAAUUGAGGAAUGAGGGAGACACAGCCUGGGUGUCCCCUGGUGAGUUCCUGCCACUGCUCCCAGGUACCCAGUCUCCCUCUGAGUGUGCCCAAGCCACUCCUCCGUUUCCAGCAUUGGGAGGUACACAUCUGUGUUUUGCUCCUUAAAGUGAAACCCUCUAAGGCAGCCCAGGCCCUGUUCAUGUUGGUUACUUUUUUGACUGUUUCCUAUCCUGAGCAUUUUAGUGCUCUGUUUAAAAUGUAUUCACUCUUAGUGUUGUGCAGUUCUGAGGUGUAUGUGAACUAGUUUGUCUGUAGAGGCAUGGAAUAUGACUUUUUCCGGGUGGACUUUGAAAUCGUUUUUAUGGUAUUUUCCCCACUCCUCCCCCUACCCUGGGCCUUUCUCCUGUAACUUGACCUUAUUAGGCAAUAACAUUUCAAACAUACAUUUUAAGGGAGACUACACAGACUCCAUGACUGAGUCUAAGCCAGUUGCUAAGUUGGCUGGAGCCUAGUGGCAAGGGAGCCCUGUGUUCAGAUCCUCACAAUGUUGGUGAGCCCCUGGCGGGUUCCGGUCUCUCCCCACUGUUGACAAAGUUGGGGUGUGAGAGAAUGUGAGUGAUUCAGGGCAGAGCGCGCCUUAGCCCAGAACCCUACACAGCCAUAGCCAUUUCCAGAGUAGAUGUGGGAUGUGCUGCUGAAACCCCUUCCUAUUUAGUAAUAGCCUGGGCUCCACUGGCUCUUGUGUUUCAGAGUCACUCACAUGUGGGCCCAGCUUUUAAAGAUUUAUCUGUUCACCUGAAAGAAUCAUCGAGAGGGAGGGAGGGACAAAGAGAUCCUCUAUCUGCUGUUUCACUCCCCACAUGGCUGCAACAGCGGGAGCCGGGUCCCGGAGCCAGGAGCUUCCUCUGGUUCUCCCACGUGGGUGCAGGGGCCAAAGCACCUGGGCCAUCCUCUGCUGCUUUCCCCAGCACAUCAGCAGGGAUCUGGAAGUGGAGCAGCAGGGUACGAACCGGUGCCUAUAUGGGUUGUAGGUGUUGCAGGCAGUGGCUUACCCCACUUUGCCCCAGUGCUGGUCCUGGGCCCAGCUUUCUCGUACACACUGUGCUGAUGUGCUGAGGGAAGGGUAGAGUGGGAUGGGGGCGGCAGGGGCAGUUUCACGUCACCUGACCAAGGUCAGGAUGGGGAGGAAAAGAUGAAGUGGAAGGUGUGUGAGUGAUUGUUGCAGCCACAUCACAUGGCAGGGAGCCACGGGUAGACUCUUCACUUGUGUUGUCUGGAGCACAGGGUUCCAGAGAGCAGCUGGAGCGUUCAGCUCCUGAGACACAGCUAAGUCUUGGACAGAGCCUCCCGCUUGUCCUUAUCUUGGUCAAACCAGACUUCCUUUUCCCUUAAUCACCCUCCUGUACAGGCGCCCUGCUUCCUGACUUGGUUUCCCUUGGUGGGUGGGGGUCUUGUGGCCUGACCUACGUAGGUGCCAGGCUUUGGUGGCAAAGAAUCCUCACUGAAAGGUCCGGCUGGCUGACCCCUCUGUCCUGGGCUCUGCUCACAUCCCCUUGGGGGUGGGCCCCGUUCUCAGGAGGGGGUUCCUGGCUGCCAGCUGUUUUCUUCUGAGCAGCUCCCCUUCCAGGUUGACCUGCAGUGGCCUUGUUCACCUGAGCUCUCAGGUGGGUGGGGCAGGGCUUCUCCUUCGGGGCUGCCUCUUGCUUCAGCAGUGGUUUGUGUGGGGACCUCGGCUCUGAGGGCAGUGUAGGAGGAGGUGUACUGUGGAUGCUGAUGUGCUGGGGCUCUCAGAACACGUGAUGAUCUGUGAAAACCAGAAGGGCAGAAUGUGUGACGUCCAGGGUUCUGUGGCCAGUGGGGUUCAAAGCUCUUGGCUAUUUGGAGACCCCGUGCCUUCCCCUCUUUAGCAAAUGCCUCUCUGCUGAGGUUCUUUCUCUUUUUAUUCUUGAGCCAAUGAAAUAUCAGCAGGUGUCGAUUAGUAAUGAUUGCAAUCACAAAGUGCUUAAUAUGUGCCAGGCACACUGCUAGGAGUUUACAUACAUUAUCUCUGUUAUCCAGAAGGUGAGGUAUCAUUGUCAUGCUCAUUGUAUCAAAGGAAACUGAGGCCAAGAGUGAUGACCAAGGAGACAGACGUGGGCUCACAUAGCCCUGGGUCUGGGCAGGCUCCUAGGCUGCUCUCGCCCUGCCUGCACCUCUGACCCAGCUGGGGCUGGUAUAGGUGCUACAGGCCAGCUGUGGUAUUGAUGGAGAUAAUGCAUGUCAGCGUUCAGCGUGCCGCCUGGCACAUCGUAAGCACUCAAUAAAUGGUAGUUACUUGCGUGGAGCUCCGCUGGUCCUUGGACCCUUGCUGUGGUAGUGCUAGAGACAGGGUUCUCAGCCACCUCGCUGCUGCUACCCUGCACGCCAGCGGUUGCCAGGCUGCGAAGUGAGCCUGCUGCCCUUCUGAGAGAAGCAGCCCCGCCUUAGCACCUCCGUGGCACCUUGGUGCUUUGCACGGCCUCUAGAAGGCCAACCUGAUGGAGCUUGGAAGAGGACGUGAGGAGGCCCAGAAGUGCUCUCCCCUGAGGGUCCUGCAGCUUCCUGUGCCUGUGGUCUGGGCUGCCCCUACCCAGAGUUGGCUUCCUCUUGCCUGGUGGUGCCUCUGCUCCAUGGGCAGGGAGGGCCUGUGACUGCCCCGGAUCCUACUUCCCUAUGUGGCCGGGAAACUUAUCAGGCAUAGGCAACACGAGUGCAAAUUUUCAGGGUCCGGGGGUGGAGAAAACAGACCUGCUGUACAGCAGAUUCCACUGACUGGAAGCCUGAACACAGCUCUGCCUGCAUGCGGCCUUGCAACAUGGCCAGUCUGGGGCCUGGUGUUUUUGUUCUUCCUUAAAAGUAUUCACGGGACGGAAGCGGCAGCCUGCCUAGGACAUGUGGCCUGGGGUACUGCUGGCGGUUCUAGGUUAGCCAAAGGCUUGACUGGGUGACUGACAAAUGAGGGGUAACAGACACUGGAUGAGCAGACACUUGCCUCUUUAACUUAGCUCCUGAAUGAAGACAAGGGUCGUGGAGGAGGGAGAGGUGAAGUGGAGGAUUCUUGGCUUUGAAGCACUGGUGGUGGCUCCUGGGACCGCUGGAAUUCUGAAGCCAGUGGAAUAAUCACCUAGAAGACUGGCUCGAGUGUGGGGUAGCUCCUGCGUGUCAGUGGAGCCUAGAUGCCAUUGCUAGAAUUUAAAUAAUGGUCUCUCCCCUUCAGUUAAGUAAUGAAUCAGGAGACAUAUCAGGCUGACCCUGGCCCUGCUUGGAGCUCCCUUGUGCUGUUGCACGCACCCAUGCAGCCUCUGAUCUGCAGAGAGCCGGUGAGGACCCCCUGGAAGUACCCCAGCAGGGCUCUCCCAGGCUCUGUGCAGUGCUCAGCAGGGUGUGCCAUCUGGUGCUGUUGUCCUAAGUGGAACCAUUCGUUCAUCCACAUGGCUGAGUCUGUCCUGGCUGCUGGGGUACUGUUUUCUUACCCCCGUUAGGCUCAUACACCGGUUUUGCUGGCUUUUCUCAAAGGAACACCAGUUUAGAAAAGGGGUCAAGAAUGUUUCCUAGUGGGUGGAAUCUGCGUAACUGUUUUUAUGAGUGUCCUUCCUACGCUGCUUUGUUCAGCUCCUCUAUACACAGACAGCAGCCUUCAGUACACCCAGUGCUCUGUCUCACGUCACCCAGGCUGGGCGUCGGGGGGCCGAGCACGAAGCAGAAGAGCUGAGCAGACGUCAGGAGCCAAUAAAACAGAAGGCCUCGGAGCCAAGGGGCCCACCAGGGCCUGGGAAACAGACUGUUGUCUGGCCACAGCAGGAGCCACAGGGGCAGCAGCAGGGGGAGCACAGGGUAAGGGAGGCGGCUGGGAAUUUCACAGCUGAGGACAGGCGCGCAGCAGGCCAGCUGAGGGCUUGCUGGUCCCAGCUGCCUUGUGGGUGGGGGGCCCGAAGAUAGCUCAGAAAACCUGUGUAGGGAGAUUUGAAGCUGGGGAUUAUCUUUUAGAGGUGGUACUGAUACCAAGUCUUCAUGUGGUUGAUGCUCAGUACCUUUCACAGCAGGAGAAGAGCAGACCAGACCCCUCACCCCCACUGGAGAGUUUUGGGAACCCCAGCUGUGGCUGUCUUUUGAAUUCACUCCACUUGGGAUUUAUUUAAUCAGGAAGUUCCCCCAAAUCUAACAAGGGUCCUCCUGCCCCUUUAGGGAGUGCUCUGUGCUGGCAGUGCCAGGAAGUCACAUAUGGCCUAUCACUGCCAGCGUCUAUGCCUCCUGGGGGUCUUCCUGGGCCCUGCCUCCUCCGUGACUGGGGUGGCUGGUGGGGGGCAAAGCACCCCUAGGGCAGUUCUUCAGCCCCCUCCCACUUUGUGUGGAGGGACACAGAUAGGCUGGGUGAUGGGGGUAGAGUCCACGUGACAGUCUGAUGGCCUCCCCUGGGAAGUGUGUGCCUGUACAGCUGCUGUGCCAUUGACCCACUUGGCUGGCGUUUGACUAAAGCAGUGUUUGUUUUGUUUUUGUUUUGUUUUUGCCACAGCUGAUCCUUCUCUGUAUACUUCUGAUCAGUGUUGAACACUACAUGUAGAUUCUUAGCACAAUGUAAGAACUCGAUAUCCUGUACAUUGGAAAUAUUUACCUUAUUUAUAUACCCGAUUGUUCCUACUACACAAAUAAACACAUAUUACAUGCUA